UUGAAUGGAUAUCCACGAUUCCAUACCUAAGUCACCAUAAGCGUAUCAGCGAAGGGCGCCAUAAAGGUACUGGCGAGUGGCUCUUUUAAAGGGAGGAGUACUGUGAUUGGAGAUCAUCGGAUGUUUCGAUGUUGUUGCUUCUACGGGGCGAUUCCUGGAGCCGGCAAAACAUACCUUGCACCAACAGUCAUCGACUCUUUGCAGGGUUCGACGUCAGAGAAAUUAGGGUACUUUCACUGCCAUCGAGCCGAAGAAAAUUGCCGACAACCCGAGAGUAUCCUGAACACGCUUAUCCAUCAGUUUGUUCCGACGGAAAAAAACCAACUUUCGACGCCGAUCGUCGAUAUCUACCAUAAGCGAGAACAGCAAGGACAAACGUCUUCGCGACUGAGCUUUAUGGAAAGCCUGGAGCUCCUUGUUCAACUCACUGAUAUCCAUCCCCAGGCCACGAUCUGCAUUGAUGCUUUGGACGAAGUCGAAUACGGAAUCCCGUUGCAGUUGUUGACGUCGCUGAAGCACGUCGUAGAGCGAUCAAAGAACUUAGUCAAGAUCUUUGCGACGACUGGAAUGGACACCGACAUCGUCCGGCAGUUUGAGAUGUUUCCCAGAAUUGACUUGCAACCUGACGACAACGUCACCGACAUCAAGCGGUUCGUCGAAUCGAAAGUUCAAAGCAUUAUCGACGACAGGCUACUGCUUGAUGGCAAAGUUGACAGUGAGCGCAAAGCUGAAAUACGCGAGGUCUUUUGUAAACGAUCAAAGGGAAUAUUUCAGCUUGCCGCGCUUGACAUCACCGAGUUUUUCUGCGACAUGGUCACACCAAGGGAUGUAAGGCGUAGUCUGACGUCCCUUCCUACCACCUUGACGGAGGCCUACGGAGAAAUAUACAAGCGCAUUCUGUCCCAGAAAGGCAGCGCUGCUCGACUAGCACUGAACGAAUUCUGAUGGAUUCAAUAUUCAUACGAACCAGUUCGAUCUGAGACCUUGCUUGAUGCAAUCACGGUCGAGAUUGACGACUCGGGAGAAUUCUCGCAUGCCGCGGUGCAGGCGAAUGCCUUAUUGAAGGUUUGCCAGAGCCUGGUCGUUCGGGACGAAGGUCUGAAUGUUUUCUGGUUUGCACAUCUUUCCGUGGAUGAGUACUUGGAGACCCAACUGCCCACGGUUGAUUCUCAUGCGGAAAUCUCGAAAGUCUGCCUUUCAUUACUCUGCAAAUCCAGCUCUUGGGACGACUAUGACACAAAUCACCAAGGAAGCGCAGUAUGACGACCGACACCUGUUGUUAUAC